AUGGCAGACUAUUCCUACCCGCGGCUCUUUGCCAGCUGCCAACAAAUCAUCACGCAGUUCUUUCAGCGGCGGCCUCUUGUCGCCAGCGCCACCCUCGGCCUCGGCCUCGCAGCCAUCCCCAUCAUUUCCCACAUUGUCCGCUCCUACCGCGGCUUCCUGGCACUCGGUCCUGGCGGGCUCCCGUACAACUUUCUGGGCUGGUCCAUGCAAGCAAUCGCACAGCCGCUUGCGCGACACGACACUAGAGACUCGCGGCCCUUUGCCGACCCGCGCAUCUUUGGUCGCUAUGCGCCCCAUGGCCGCACCGCCUACCUGGAGGACGUGCCGGCCCGCCGUGGCGAGCGCCCCGAGGUGCCAACCUACGUGGCGCCCCAGAGACAAAUGAACCAUCAUUCCGACGCGUCGCGCAUAGAGGCCAUGAAACGUGACUUGGCCGGGUCCGUCGCUCCACAGGCCGAGGUCCUGACGCUCGCGCCAUCGCAGCUCGAGGGCCCCAAGCAUCAAGCUCUUUGGCUUGGCGAAGCUGCCGAGAAGCCUGCAUAUCUUGCCAAAUCGACAAGAGGCGAGUUUGCCCAUGUCCAUCCCGACGGGAGUUCACAUCUUAUUCUGAGCCUUGCCGAUGCGGAGACGGCAACGGCCAAAGGAUGGGCUGAAAGACAUAUGCUCAGCGGUGUUUUGUUACCCUUAAACUAUGUAUUCGUCUAUGCCCCUCGAGAUGAAGAUGAACUUGAAGUUUGGCAGCAGUUUCUGGCCGCCUCGAUUUCUUUCAAUACUGCCUCGUCCGAAGCCGCAUGCAGCCACGCAUCGUAA